AGCUGCCCACCUGCCCCGGACAGCCAGGCGCUAGCCAGCCGCUCUGCGCCCCGCGCCCUGCUUGCCCCCAUUAUCCAGCCUUGCCCCAGCGCCCUCACCUGACGCCCUGGCCUGACGCCCUGCUUCGUUGCCUCCCGUUGCCUCCUUUCUCUCCCAGGUGCUGGACCAGGGACUCAGCGUCCCCCGGAGAGGGUCCGGUGUGACCCCGACAAGAAGCAGAAAUGGGGAAGAAACUGGAUCUUUCCAAGCUCACUGAUGAAGAGGCCCAGCAUGUCUUGAAAGUUGUUCAACGAGAUUUUGACCUCCGAAGGAAAGAAGAGGAACGACUAGAGGGGUUGAAGGGCAAGAUUAAGAAGGAAAGCUCCAAGAGGGAACUGCUUUCAGACACUGCCCAUCUGAACGAGACCCACUGUGCCCACUGCCUGCAGCCCUACCGGAUGCUUGUGAAUAGCAAAAGGCAGUGCCUGGAAUGUGGCCUCUUCACCUGCAAAAGCUGUGGCCACGUCCACCUGGAGGAGCAGGGCUGGCUCUGUGACCCCUGCCAUCUGGCCAGAGUUGUGAAGAUCGGCUCACUGGAGUGGUACUAUGAGCACGUGAAAGCCCGCUUCAAGAGGUUCGGAAGUGCCAAGGUCAUCCGGUCCCUCCACGGGCGGCUGCAGGGUGGAGCUGGGCCUGAACCAAUCUCUGAAGAGAGAAGUGGAGACAGCGACCAGACAGAUGAGGACGGAGAACGGGACUCAGAGGCCCAGGCCCAGCCCUUUGGCAGCAAAAAAAAGCACCUCCUCUCCGUCCACGACUUCGACUUCGAGGGAGACUCAGAUGACUCCACUCAGCCUCAAGGUCACUCCCUGCACCUGUCCUCAGUCCGUGAGGCCAGGGACAGCCCACAGUCCCUCACAGAUGAGUCCUGCUCGGAGAAGGCAGCCCCCCACAGGGCUGAGGGCCUGGAGGAGACUGACACUGGGGCCUCUGGGUGCCACUCCCAUCCGGAAGAGCAGCGGACCAGCAUCUCGCCUUCCGGACACGGCGCCCUGGCUGAGCUCUGCCCGCCUGGAGGCUCCCACGGGAUGGCCCUGGGGACCGCUGCUGCACUCGGGUCGAAUGUCAUCAGGAACGAGCAGCUGCCCCUGCAGUACUUGGCUGAUGUGGACACCUCUGAUGAAGACAGCAUCCAGGCUCACGUGAUGGCCUCCCAUCAUUCCAAGCGGAGAGGCCGGGCGUCCUCUGAGAGUCAGAUCUUUGAGCUGAAUAAGUGUAUUUCAGCUGUGGAAUGCCUGCUGACCUACCUGGAGAACACAGUUGUGCCUCCCUUGGCCAAGGGUCUAGGUGCUGGAGUGCGCACGGAGGCCGAUGUAGAGGAGGAGACACUGAGGAGGAAGCUGGAGGAGCUGACCAGCAACGUCAGUGACCAGGGGACCUCGUCCGAGGAGGAGGAAGCCAAGGAUGAAAAGGCAGAGCCUAACAGGGGCAAAUCAGUUGGGGCUCUCCCCCAGGCAGACCCAGAGGUGGACACGGCUGCGCAUCAAACCAACAGACAGGAAGAGAGCCCCCAGGGCCCUGGGGAACCUGUCCAGCACAACAGGACCACAGAUGAGGAGCUGUCGGAGCUGGAGGACAGAGUGGCAGUGACAGCCUCAGAAGUCCAGCAGGCAGAGAGCGAGGUUUCAGACAUCGAAUGCAGGAUUGCAGCGCUGAGGGCCGCAGGGCUCACAGUGAAGCCCUCGGGAAAGCCCCGGAGGAAGUCAAACCUCCCGAUAUUUCUCCCUCGAGUGGCUGGGAAACUUGGCAAGAGACCAGAAGACCCAAAUGCAGACCCUUCAAGUGAGGCCAAGGCAACGGCUGUGCCCUAUCUUCUGAGAAGAAAGUUCAGUAAUUCCCUGAAAAGUCAAGGCAAAGAUGAUGAUUCUUUUGAUCGGAAAUCAGUGUACCGAGGCUCGCUGACACAGAGAAACCCCAACGCGAGGAAAGGAAUGGCCAGCCACACCUUCGCGAAACCUGUGGUGGCCCACCAGCCCUAACGGGACAGGACAGAGCAGCCCUGCACUCUUUUCCCUCCACCACAGCCAUCCUGUCCCUCACUGGCUCUGUGCUUUCCACUGUAUACAGUCACCAUCCCAGUGAGAGACAAGAAGGAGCGCCCUCCACGUGGACUCCCAUCUGCAAGUGGACAGCAACAUUCAGUCCUGCACUGCUCACCUGGGUUUACUGAUGACUCCUGGCUGCCCCACCAGCCUCUCUGAUCUCUGAGAAACAGCUAAGCUUCUGUGACUUCCCUUUAGGACAAUGUUGUGUAAAUCUUUGAAGACCUUUAUACUGUGAUCUUUUACCCCUUUCACUCUUGGCUUUCUUAUGUUGCUUUCAUGAAUGGAAUGGAAAAAGAGAUGACUCAGUUACGGCACCA